AUGGCGGACAAUAUCCCGACACUAAACUGGUCCGCCCAGCUAGCCGUGACUGCCCCCCAGCACGCGCCCCGCUUACCAGGCGACAAGAUCACACUCCCGCAGUCCGCACUGGAACAGCUCCUCGCCGCCGCACCUCUCCAACCCGUCUCGUCCGCGCCGAACAAGGCUCGCGUACACACGUCUACCUUCGACCCCUUCAACCCACACACCUUCGCCGCUGAAUCGCGAGCGCGUCAGCAAAUCGAAGAGCGCCAGCAACAGCUCCCCCACCCGUUGACAUUCCGAAUCGUGAACCCGCAGAAUAAUCGGUCCGUGUACGCGGGGAUCCGUGAAUUCUCCGCUGCGGAGAAUGAAGUUGCGCUAAGCGCCGUACUGCGCGAGUCGCUUGGGAUAUCGGACGAACAGAUCGAGGGUGCGGUUCAAGCAGAUACCGGCGUCGAUGGUGAUCCUGCGCAGGAGGAUGUGUCUAUGGAAGGAGGCGAGGUGGAGGGACAACCGGCACGAGUGCAAGCUCAACCCGCGGUCGUCACUGUACAUGCGAAGCAGUUGCCAAAGGGCACGUAUGUACGACUUCGCCCGCUUGAAGCCGGAUAUGAUCCCGAGGAUUGGAAAGCGCUGUUGGAGCGACACUUGCGGGAUAACUUUACGACGUUGACGACCGGUGAAAUCUUGACCGUGCCCGGGACACGUAAUGAGUCUUUUCGGUUCUUGCUGGAUAAGGUGUUUCCCGAGGGGGACGGCAUUUGCGUCGUGGACACCGAUCUGGAGGUGGAUAUCGUGGCGCUGUCGGAGGAACAAGCCCGCGAGACGCUGCAAAAACGAUUGGAGCGGGCAGCGCGCGCUCCCGGCACCACAAGUGGUAGUUCGGUAGGAGGGGUGCUUAGUAUUGGGGAGAAGGUGGCUGCUCAAGUGUUGACGGGUGAAUAUGUGGAUUACGAGCUUCGUGAGUGGAAUCGUGAGGAUGAGCUUGAGAUUGAGCUCACGACGGAUGAACCGAAUGUCUUUCUGUUUGCCAGUCCGCUUGGUUCGCGUCAACAAGGGCGGCCUCGGACGGAUAUGCAUGUUUGGGGAGACUUUUCAACGCAGUCGUCUAAGAGAUUCAAGAUCCGGCCUACGAAUGUGGCUCUUGAGGGGGCGGAAGCCAUCUAUGUCUCUGUGUAUGCCGAUGCUCCGGAGCCUGAUGUCGAGUCUUCGACAUCGGCACAACGGCCGGUGCCUCUCAAAUACAACUUGCGCAUAACGACGAAUGCCGCCGAUAGAGUAGACGAGACGGCAGAUACGGAUGAGCACGCCGAGGAAUCCCAUGCCCCCGGCGAUGUACAAUGCAAGAACUGUCAACAGUGGGUUCCAGAGCGAACUCUCGUCCUCCACGAAAACUUUUGUCUCCGAAAUAACACCCUCUGCCAACAAUGUGGCAACGUCUUCCAAAAACGGUCUACCGAAUGGGAGAACCACUGGCACUGUCCACACGACUCCUCUUACGGCAACGAUACCGCAAGCAAACAAAGACACGACUCAAUAUACCACAAAACAUACGACUGUCCCGAUUGUCCAGCUCAGUUCGAGGGUCUCCCCAGCCUCGCACGACACCGAACCACCGAAUGCCCAGGCAAACUAAUCCUCUGCCAGUUCUGCCACCUCUUAGUCCCCCAGAAGGGAGAAUCCGAUCCAGACCUACACGAUCCCGAAGUAAUGCUCUCCGGCCUGACACCCCAUGAACUCGUCGACGGCGGACGAACGACAGAAUGCCAUCUCUGCAGCAAAAUCGUUCGCUUGCGUGACAUGAACACUCACCUCCGCCACCACGAUCUAGAACGCGUAUCCAGACCUCCACCGCGCAUCUGUCUGAACCAGAACUGCGGCCGCACACUCACCGGCGCAGGCAACAAAUCCCUCGGUCUAUGCAACAUCUGCUUCGGACCUUUAUACGUGGACACAUACGAUCCAGAAGGCAAAGCGCUCCGCCGCAGAAUCGAAAGACGAUACCUCUCACAAUUAAUGACCGGUUGUGGAAAGCCCUGGUGUCAGAACGGAUACUGCAAGACCGGCAAACAGAAGACGCAAACCGAUCCCGUGGUAGCGAUGAGCGUGGCUGAAAUAACCAAAGUUAUCCGUCCGCUCGUCGAGCCCGUGAACGUCAAUCCCGACGUGGAAAAUACCGCGCCGUUCUAUUUCUGCACGGACGAGACGGGUCAGCAUCGUCGGAAUCUGGCGGAGAUGAUCGCCGCGGAAGGUGCUGCUGGUGUAGGGAAGGCGUACGAUUUGGCAUGGUGUGUGGCCGGUGCUGAGGCUGCGGGUGGUGAUUUGGAGAAGACGAGGGAGUGGUUGGCGAAAUGGGCGCCUGCGAAGGGGGAGACUGCGUCGUGA